AUGCAGCAAGGCAAUGGAUCCAUUGGCAUACUCAGUCCUGAAGUUCAAAAAAUCAUCCUAGAGAAUAUGACACUCCCAGAUCUUAUGUCGUUCGCGAAAACCAGAAUCGAGAAUCGAGAGGGAAUCACGGAAUAUAUCGCGAAACGUCGCGCAGGAUUAUUCAGAGCAUACGUCCAUGAUGUUGACGCUCUGAUCAAAGUUUUGGAUCGCACAGGCUCUCUGGUGUCGGGCUCAAGUGCUCUCAGCCUGGUCCAAGCAGAAGCUGAAGCCGUUGUGACUCAAGACUUGGAUUUCUAUGUCACGGAGUCAUUUGAAGCAGAAGUAGUGAAGCACUUCAAAGAAAACGAAGGAUACGUUAGCAAGCAAGACGUUGUGAAAAAACCAGAAUACGACAGUUCCGCUAUAUCUAAAAUCAUCAAACUGGCGAACGGAGACAAGAAGAUAGACAUCAUCACUACUCACUGGACAUGCGCGAUCGCACCCAUCCUCCAAUUCCACAGCACAGCUGUGAUGAACUACGUCACAGCACAAUCCAUCGUUUCGUUGUAUCCGCGGUGGACAGCUGCAAAUAUGAGCUUCGUCAAUCCGCAAAUGUAUGUCUGUGGCAAGACCAAUCUUCGUACCGUGGAUGUCUUGAUGAAAUACAUCAGACGAGGGUUCAAAAUCAGCGCCGAUCCAUUCAGUCUUGGGGAACAUGACUGCGAAGAAAAUAAGGAGAAAAAGAAGAACAGCGGUUAUUGUCCUCACAAGAUGAGAAGCACAGUAGACGACGAAGUGUUGAAAUGGGAUUUCGGGCCAAAGGAAACAUUGGGAGAUACUUCCAUAACAUGCCAGGACUUGCGGGUUAUGGCUUGGUGCCUCGGAGGUUUUGAGUGUGCUGAUGGAAACAAGGAAGAAACCGUAUCUUAUAUGUUAGUAACGGCUUGA